CCCAUCUGAAAAAAACUGGGCCAAGAGUAGUUGCCUUUUUCUUCUUGUAGACAUCUCCUCAAGAAAGAGCGUGGCGGGCUGCUCCAUUUCCGUCUCAGAACAGCGUGCCCGGUGUCUUUUGUCUUGUUCUUGUUCUUCUAUAAAGUAUAAACUACUCAAUCUUGAGUUUCCUGUUUCCAUCUCCCCACAUAUUAAAGAAAAAUAAAAUCUUUGUGCUUUGUGCUUCCGUGAUCCUGCUUUUCUCUUUUUAUUAUCAAUAAUUUUCCCCAAUUUCCUUUUUAUUUCUUGGUAGGAUUGAUAAAGUUCCAGUCUUUUUCGAUUUCUCGUUGAUUGAGUGAGACAUUUCCCUUAGGAAGAUGGAGUUCUCCGGUAGCCCAUCGAGGGAGUGAAGGUUUUCUCUGUACAGGAAAGAUAAAAAAAAAAAAUGCAGAAUUUUGCUGGAACUCCGGGGACUGUGACUGGGCUUCUUCUAAGGGUAGGGCAAUUCAUCUUUGCGGCUGGUUCAAUUGUCUCCAUGGCAUCUUCUAGUAGCUUCUUCAAUGUCACAGCAUUCUGCUACUUGAUUGCUUCCAUGGCUUUACAGGUGAUUUGGAGUGGCGGUCUUGCAAUCCUCGACGCUUAUUCCUUGGCGAAGAAGAAGGCGCUCCACAGUUACUUCUUAGUAACCGUUUUUGCUGUUGGAGAUUGGGUGACAGCGACGGCAUCCCUUUCUGCAGCGUCGUCUUCGGCUGGAAUAACGGUUUUGUACUAUGGCGACCUCGGGGGUUGUAGCUUCGGCGAUGAAUGCACAAAGUUCCAGUUAGCAGUAGCAUUGGCUUUCCUGAGUUGGAUAAUGAUAGCUUUAUCCUCUUUAAUCAUGUUCUGGAUUUGGGCAACAAGUUAAGGUUUAAUUUGUAGUUUGGAUGUGUCAAACUAUGUAUGUAUAGAAUAACAGGAUUUGUUAGUUGAUGCAUAUUGUUUAUCUAUAUUUCAAUUCAUACAUAUGGUUGAUUAUAA